AUGAACUUAGGGGAAGCAGGUAAUAAGGGAUCGGGGCGAAAAUUCAGAAAACGACCGGCCGGGUCGUUACAGACUUAUUCUGAAGAAAUUAAUCAGCUUAAGGCCUUCUUACAUGACAAGUUCAAAAUCAAAGAUUUAGGACAAUUACAUUACUUCCUAGGGCUGGAAAUCCUUUACAAACCAGAUGGCAUCAUCAUUUCACAAAGAAAGUUUGUUUUGGACUUAUUAAAGGACUAUGAAUGUCUUCACUGUCCAACCUUGACUUUUCCCCUUGAUUCCACAAUUAAACUAAAAGCCAAAGAGGGAACACCAUUGUUUGACCCCACUUUCUACAGAAAACUGAUUGGCAAAUUGAACUUUCUCACUAAUACUAGGCUAGACAUAGCAUAUGGAGUCCAACAUCUCAGUCAGUUUAUGCAUGAUCCUAGGGAGCCCCACUUACAUGCAGCUUAUCACAUGCUAAGGUACUUGAAGAAAGAUGCCACUCUUGGCCUAUAUUUCAGCAAUAAGGAUGAUCUUUCACUAGCUGCCUAUUGUGAUUCUGAUUGGGCAGCCUGCCCUGACUCCAGAAGAUCAGUAUCCGGGUAUGUUGUGUUUCUGGGAGGGAGUCCCAUUAGUUGUAAAUCCAAGAAACAAGAGACUAUAUCUCUUUCUUCAGCAGAGGCAAAGUAUAGAGCUCUUAGAAAAGUUAUUUGUGAACUUGUUUGGUUGUCCAGGCUGCUUGAAGAACUUACUGUGUCAGUUAAUUUGCCAAUACUUGUGCACCGUGAUAGUCUUUCUGCUCUACACAUUGCUAGAAACCCUGUGUUCCAUGAAAGGACUAAGCAUAUUGAGGUCGAUUGCCACUUUGUGCGAACCAAACUUCAGGAGGGGCUCAUUUUGCUACAUCACAUUGGUACAGGCCAACAACUUGCAGCUGUGCUCACCAAGGCUCUCGUUGGGAUCAAACACUGCUCUGUACUUGGCAAGUUGGAUGUGAUUUCCUCACAUCCAACUUGA